AUGGUUAAUAAUUUCAUGAAACUGAAUGAGAGCAAGACAGAAUUGUUAGUCAUUGGAAAGCCUUUGGUACUGAAGAAGUUUGACCUUGAAAUAACAAUAAAGUUUGGUGACACCAUCAUUACACCAACUGUAUGUAAAAACGAUACCUGGAAGAGUCUUGGAGUGUUACUAGAUGAAUCUCUCAACAUGGAAAGGCAGAUAAACAAUGUUAGGAAGAACUGUUGUUGGACAAUGAAUAAUCUAAGAACUAUCAGAAAGUAUCUAGAUGAGAGAGUUAAGCUCAUGCUGGUCAAACAACUGAUCAUAUCAAAGCUGGACUAUUGUAAUGCCCUUUACAUGAAUCUUUCAAAGACUAGAGUGAAGAAGCUGCAAUCUGUUCUAAAUGCAGGGAUACGUUUCAUUUACGACAUCUAUGACAGAAAUACUGACUUGUCUCCUUUCUACAAGAAAGCUCAUAUCCUCCCUGUUGAAAAGAGGAUAUUUUUCAAAGUGUGCCUCAUCUGUUUCAAAGUGGCCCAUGGAUUGGCACCAAUGUACCUCCAAGAGUUGGUUCAAAUGAACAGAGAUGAUAAGGCUGUCAAAGAAACCAGAACAAAAACAGCAUGCAACCUUCUUAUGAAGAUACCUAAGUUCUCUAAAUUGAAGGCAACUAGCAGGCGGUUCAGCAACUAUGCACCUGAAUCAUGGAAUUCUCUCCCUCUUAAUGUCCGUAACAUCGAGAAUAUUGUCUCUUUUAAGGGUAAGUUAAAGAACUAUUUGUAUGAUCAGCUAUAG